CGCAAAACCUUACACGGGGAAGUCGGGUCACCGAGAGCUGGAUAUAACACAGUGAGUCACUGAAGCUUGACUGAAGCUAUCCUCCACUAUUACCGAGAUGUCAACGAACAUUACUUUCCAUCCAGGUGUGUUCCUGGAACGGCUUUUAUCUAGAAAUAAAAUACCAAGGUUUAUAGGAUCUGUUGACACCCAAGAACGUGUUGGCUUGCUCAAACAAACGGGUGUUACUAUCUGGCUGACUGGACUCAGUGCUAGUGGAAAGUCAACGAUAGCAUGUGCUCUAGAGCAACAUCUACUUCACUUACACAAAUUCACCUACCGGCUCGAUGGAGACAACGUUCGCUUAGGGCUCAAUAAGGACCUUGGUUUCGACGAGAAGUCCCGGGUGGAAAAUAUCAGGCGCAUAGGCGAGGUCUCCAAAUUAUUCGCGGACUCUGCUUGCAUCGCGAUCACAGCUUUUAUAUCGCCCUACAAAGCAGAUCGACAAGUAGCCCGCGAACUUCAUGAGAAAGGAGGCCUCGGGUUCAUCGAAGUGUUUGUUGAUGCCCCUCUCAGUGUGGUUGAACAGCGCGAUCCGAAAGGGCUCUAUAAAGCAGCUCGUGCAGGAACAAUCAAGGAUUUCACUGGCAUAUCUGCGCCGUACGAAGCUCCCGAGAAACCUGAUAUACACAUCAGAACAGACGAAUGCGAUGUAACUAGAGCAGUCGAGGUCAUCAUUGAAUACCUCACCGAGCAUAAUUAUAUUUCGUAGUUACCAAGGACAGCAAAAAGGAAUCUAUACAGUCCAUAUACCGGCUAGAAU